UCUGUCUGGUGCAUAGCCUGACACACACACACACACACACACACAUUUUAUAUAAGGAGCAUUGAAAUAGUCGUAAGAGCAGAUGAAACAAGCAAGCCAAUGAAGGCAACAAAACAUGAAUGACAGCAAGACUUCAGUUUUAGAAAGAUGAGCACCUGGUUCCUCCUUCCUCUGUGUGUGCUGACCUGUUGUUGCAGCCGUAACAAUGGCGCCCUCUCUUGCCCAGACAUGUGCACCUGCCAUUUCUCUUCCAGCGACACCAAGGUGGUCUGCAGUGACGACUCCCUCUCCCAGUUCCCCUCCGAUGGUCUCCCAGGCAACACCACCUCCUUGUCCAUCCAAUCCACCAACCUCAGCACGAUUACUGCCCACCACUUACAGGCCACGCCCCUUCUGAAAGAGCUCCAACUAUAUUACAACAACCUGAGCACACUUCCUUCAGAUCUCCUCAGAGCUGUCCCUCACCUGCACACGUUGGAUCUCACAGGGAACCACCUGCACUUCCUGCCACCAUAUGUCUUCAGCCACGCUCCGCUGCGUAACCUGGUGCUGAAGAACAACCUGAUCAGCGGUGUGGAUGCUGAUUGGCUCCCUGACAACAGUAACCUCACCUGGCUGGACCUAUCAGGGAACCACUUGACGGCCGUACCCACAGCCCUGUUCCAGAAACUACGCCACCUGAAGAACCUUGACCUCUCCCAUAACCGCCUGGAGAAGCUCCUGGCGGGGGCACUGAAUCCUCUGAGCAGCUUAGAGAGGCUCAACCUGGAGGGGAACCAACUCAGCGCCCUGGACCCUUCCGCCUUCAGGAACACCCCAAACCUGACGCACCUCUUCCUCCAGGAGAACCAACUGGAGAAGCUUCCCCCGACUCUCCUCCAGGGGCUCCAUCGCCUCGAGUUCCUGUUUCUCAACUUCAACCGGCUUGGUCACAUCUCCAACACCCUGCUGGAGCAGCUCUCCUCCCCAUGGACAAGCAAUCAUCUUUGGGUGGCCUUCAGCCAGAACCCCUGGGUGUGUGAUAAGAAGGUGGAGGACCUGUGGAAGUGGCUGCAGAAGAACCAGAAGAAAGCUUUCCUGGCCGAUGACAUCAGGUGUGCCAGCCCUGAGUCUCUGAAGGAACGAUCAGUUAUGUCACUAACUGACAGUGAGCUAGGACUCUGAUUUAUUUUAUAUUUAUAUUAAACAAUAAGACGGUGGGGAGCUGUGGAGGUGUCUCAGUAUGACCCCGGGGAGAGUGUUCUUUCUGGAGGAGGUGAAAUGUGCCAGCCCUGGUUGUUAAGGACCAGCGGUUGUGUCUCUGACAGAGAAAGAUCUAGGCCUCAAAACUGACAAAUAAAACAGGCCCACUCUUCAGGUAACAACUGCAAAUUAUUCUGUGUUUUGAUUGGCUAAAAUGUCUUUCUCUGUCUGUCUGUAUAUAUAUAUAUACUCACACACACGUUUGAGAUAAAUACCUCUUGCAUUUCAAUUAAGGCUUCUGUAUAUUUGUGGAUACCCUUAGGACGGUCCCCUGGCACUAGGUGGCAUCAUAUUCAAUGUUUUUGCACGAUAAACUCCCUAGUAGACUAUUGAGUAACCUGUCCUGAACAGUUGUUCUAAUGUAUAAUAAAUACAUGGUUGACAACAACAAUGUAUAUAUAUAUAUAUAUAUAUAGAUAGAGAGAGAGAGAGAGAGAGUCCUCUGUGGAUGUGGCACAGGCCUCUCUGUCCUCAGGAGUCCUUGAUCACAGUAAGUGAGAGACCCAAUAAUUUAUGACUCUUGUAAAGCAGCAGCCACGUCUCCAGAGGUGGUUACUAAUGAAAAUUAAACCCUGAUCAUAAAUAUUUGCUGAAGAGCGGAAGAAAACAUGGCUUCCUGGAACGGCAGCGGACGUCGGAGCGUUUUCCCCCGGCAUCGUACAAUAGAGUUGGAUAGAGGGCGCCAAAACCAGUUUUACAAUGGACAGUGCAAUUGAGGGCUUUAACCAUUUUGAAGUAGCCAACUGGGUGGGACUUGCUAUGGGUUAAAGAAGGAUUAAAUAAUUCCAUCCAAGUCAGCAGGAGGUGUCAGCCAAUGAAUUAUACUCCUGAGUAAACAUUUCAUAAUUAAAUCACCAACUUUGACGUGUUCUGACUUCACACACUCCGGCACAGUAGGUGGUGGUACGCACCUAUGUACUGCCAAGACAAUCAUAGGAGAGGAAAUUGACCACUUUAAAAGAGAAAAAUCCCUCAAUAGCUGGUGGCAUCAGACAAAGACAAAGAUGGCAAAGAUAAGAGAUCUCUAGUGCAUCUUUAUGCGUCCUACGCUCGUUCUGCCCACGAACAGGUGACCUUUCUCUCUGAUCAGGAUGGACGAGACGGAGUGUGUGCUCUGACAUCGGGCCGCACUGUAAUGACUGACUGACAGUGAUAAAAAAAAAGGUUCUUGGCAGGGUUUUUAAAAGGUUAUUAACAGGGCUUUUAAAAGGUUAUUAACAGGGCUUUUAAAAGGUUAUUAACAGGGCUUUUAAAAUGUUAUUGACAGGCCUUUUAAAAGGUUAUUAACAGGGCUUUUAAAAGGUUAUUAACAGGGCUUUUAAAAUGUUAUUAACAGGGCUUUUAAAAUGUUAUUUACAGGGCUUUUAAAAUGUUAUUAACAGGGCUUUUAAAAUGUUAUUGGCAGGGCUUUUAAAAUGUUAUUGGCAGGGAUUUUACAAUGUUAUUGGCAGGUCUUUUACAGUGGUCCUUCUGUAGCACAGUUGGUAGAGCAUUGCGCUUGUAACGCCAGGGUAGUGGGUUCGAUUCCCGGGACCACCCAUACGUAGAAUGUAUGCACACAUGAGUCGCUUUGGAUAAAAGCGUCUGCUAAAUGGCAUAUAUAUAAUGUUAUUGGCAGGGCUUUUAAAAUGUUAUUGGCAAGGCUUUUACAAUGUUAUUGGCAGGGCUUUUACAAUAUUAUUGGCAGGUAUUUUACAAUGUUAUUGGCAGGGCUGUUAAAAUGUUAUUGGCAGGGCUUUUAAAAUGUUAUUGGCAGGUAUUUUACAAUGUUAUUGGCAGGGCUUUUACAAUGUUAUUGGCAGGGCUUUCAAAAUGUUAUUGGCAGGGUUUUUACAAUGUGAUUGGCAGGGCUUUUACAAUGUUAUUGGCAGGGCUUUUACAAUGUUAUUGGCAGGGCUUUUAAAAUGUUAUUGGCAGGGCUUUUAAAAUGUUAUUGGCAGGUAUUUUACAAUGUUAUUGGCAGGGCUUUUACAAUGUUAUUGGCAGGGCUUUUACAAUGUUAUUGGCAGGGCUUUUAAAAUGUUAUUGGCAGGUCUUUUACAAUGUUAUUGGCAGGGCUUUUAAAAUGUUAUUGGCAGGGCUUUUACAAUGUUAUUGGCAGGGCUUUUACAAUGUUAUUGGCAGGUCUUUUACAAUGUUAUUGGCAGGGCUUUUAAAAUGUUAUUGGCAGGGCUUUUACAAUGUUAUUGGCAGGGCUUUUACAAUGUUAUUGGCAGGGCUUUCAAAAUGUUAUUGGCAGGGCUUUUAAAAUGUUAUUGGCAGGGCUUUUAAAAUGUUAUUGGCAGGGCCAAACAAACAUGGUUCAUUACAAGAUGAAGAGUUCAAAUGUAAUUCAUCUUCCAAAUGAGGGUGAUGUGAUAUGAGUAUGACUAGUAAGUGCUCAAUAUCUCUGCCUUGUAAAAUAAAUACUAAUAACAACUUCAUAUUCUACAUUUGAAAAACUGAAAUGUAUUUUUGCCAUCCUAAACAUUUGGGUAGAGAAUGGCAUCUCAAUAAAAUGCUGUGAACGCUA